AUGAUAAUUGAUAUACUACAAGAACAAAUGAAGAAGAUAGAAUGUACCAAAUCUUACGCAAGUGUCGCCUCCACUCCUGCUCUGUCGAAAACGCCAAUUCGACCUCAUACUCCUAAGAAUGUUCCUCCGGUACUUAUGAAACCAAAAAAUGUGCAAGAUGCGAAAGUUACUAAAGCCGAUCUUCAAUCAAAAAUUAAUCCGAGUGAAUUGAAUAUUAGCAUUAAUUCUGUUAAGACCGCGAAAAAUGGGGUUGUGGUAAUAAACUGUAGUAGUGAACAAGAAUGCCAGAAAUUAUUGCAAAAUAUACAAGAACAAGACACUGAGGGAAAGUACACAGUACAGCUGCCACAAAUGAAGAAACCUAGGUUCAAGAUUAUAAUGUCAACAGCAAGCAACGACAUGGAAGAAAUAUCGAACUGUUUGAAACAACAGAACCAGUUUAUCCGAGAUGACGAUGAUCUCAAUAUAACAUUCAUCAAGCCAAUAAGAAACAACAAAUCUAUCGUCUUUGGUGAAUGCUCUGGAGACCUUUUUGGAAGACUAAUGGCAUACAAAAAGCUUAGAGCACAAAUCAGAGAAUUGUCAAAAAACAUUGAAAAAAUGUUGCAACUGCUCUCGAGCAAAUGA